AUGUCUUGGUCGAAGCGCAUCAUCGACAUUUACUCGUACAUUUUGCAUUUUCUCGGAUUUUCCGAACGACAAACGAAAUUCGACAUGUUUUUAAUCUACUUUUCCGCGCUCGGCGCCAUUCUGAACGAUUGCUUCAUUUUGUAUAAUUUGAAAUACACCGCUUUCACCAUCGAGAAUAUCACCAAUUUCACCGAAACGGCCUUCUGCUUUUUAGAGAUAACAUUCUAUUCGGCCAUAGCGAUAUUCAAACGAAGCGAUUUCACGGCAUUACUGGAAAUGCAAUCGCUCUGCUGGGACCACGCCGCCUUCGACCGGCAAUUCUCCCGGCACACCGCGAAAAUAUUCAAACUCUGCCUGGCCUUCUCCGUCUUCUUCGGCCUCCUGGGCGAGAUCACGGCCAUUUCGUCCAGCGUGCUGGCCUUCCUCGACCGCGGGGUGCCCUUCUACUGCUACGUUCCCGACGACAUUGUCUGGUAUUUCAUCGUGUUCAUCACCCAGGCCUACUGCAGCUCGUACAUUUGCGUGUUCGCCGUGUCGAUGUUGAUCGUGUACGCGACGAUCAUGUUCGAGAUGCACUAUCAGUUGAGGAUGUUGAACGCGCGGUUCGCGGAAAUGGCGACGAUGGGGGACUUGCGAAGGUGCGUGGAGCACCACGGGUUCUUGUACGGGUAUUUCCAGCGCAGCAGGAGGAUGUUUUCGGGGGUUUUGCUGAUGUUGUACGUGAGGAGCAUCGGGCUCUCCUGCAUGGAAUUGCUGAUAGCGGUCGAUAAGAAUAAACCCGCCGGCUUGCGAUUCAAAGCGCUCUGUUUCGUACCGCUGAUUUUUCUCGAAUUAUGCUUGGUUUGCGUGCCGAUUAGCAUCGUUAAAAACGAAAGUGAAAAUACGCCGGACGCGAUAAGUCGCAGCGACUUGUUGCUUCACGAUGAUUUGAGGGUACGCAAGAACGCGAUAUUCCUGCUGAAAAGGUGCCAGAAAGCGUUCACGUUCAAAGCGGGCGAUUUGUACGAAUUGGAUUUUAAUACUCCCGUUCAGAUUUUCAAGUCCGGAUUGUCGAUUUACACUCUAAUGAAGAGCUUCGAAAACUGA